CUGCAAUGCCAGAUCCUUAACCCACUGACCGAGGUCAGGAAUCAAACCCACAUCCUCAUGGAUCCUAGUUGGGUUUGUUAACUGCUGAGCCAUAAAGAGAAUUCCUUGUAGAACCUUUUUAAUUGAGGAAAUUAGUGUAUCAUUUUGCUUUUGACUGCUUUUGUUUUUGGUGCAUUGGCAUUUAGAAAUUUGAAGUAGUCAAAUUUAUAAAUAUAUCAAUUUAUGGGAUAUGGUCACUAUGCUCUAUCUAGAAGAGUCUUUAUCAUUAUUAUGUAAUACUUAGGUCUUUUAUACAGUUUUUUAAAUUCUCAGUUAUAUUCUUAUCUUUGCAUUUAAAAAUUUGUCUUUAGUGAUUUAUUUUGAUUAGAGGCAGAAAGUGAAAAGUGAAAAGACAAGAAAUAACACUUGUUGGCAAGCAUGUGGAAAAAAGGGAAUCUUUUGUAUACUGUUGUUAAGAACUGUAAAUUGGUGCAGAAGUUAUGGAAUUUCCUUGCAAAAUUAAAAAAGGAACUGUAUUUGAUCUAGCAAUUCAACUUGGGUAUUUAUCCAAAGAAAAUGAAAACAAUAACCCAAAGAAAUAUAUGCACCCCAUGUUUAGUAUAGCAUUAUUUACAAUAGCUAAGAUAUGGAUACAAGUGUCCACCAAUGGAUUAAUGAUAAAGAAGAUGCAGUAUAUACAUAUAUAUAUACACACACACAUACACACACACACAUACAAAUAGAAUAUUAUUUAGUCAUAAAAAAGAAUGCUGUAUUGCCACGUGUGAUAACAUGGAUGACCCUUAAGGGCACUAUGCUAAGUGAAUUAAAUCAGAUAGAGAAAGUCAAAUACUGUAUGAUUUCACCUAGGUGUGGAAACUUUAAAACAAAAAUCCCCAAAUACCAAGCUCAUAGAUAAGGAGAGCAGAUUGUUGAUUGCCAGAGGUAGGGAGUGAGGCAUAGGUAAAAUGGGUGAAGGGAGUCAAAAGAUAAUCCCCCUCCCCCCAAAAAAUGACUACAAGGGAAAAAAAGGUUCAAACUUCAGUUAGAAAAUAAAUAAAUCAUGGGAAUAUAAUGCAGAGUAUGAUGACUACAGUAAAUACUGCAUUGUAUAUUUGAAAGUUGCUAAAAGAGUAAAUCUUAAGAUUUCUUAUCACAAGAAAAAAAUGCCAUAUGAUGGAUAUUAACUAGACUUGUUGCAGUCAUUUCACAGUAUAUUUAAGUAGUGAAUCUAUUGUACACAUCAUAUGUCAAGUAUGGUUCAAAAAAAAGGAUAAAAAGUGUUUUAAAAAAAACUUUAGGUAUUCCUAGUUGAGUGUUUUCUAGAUUAAUAAAAUUUAAAUAUUUUCAGGGAUUUGUGGUAUGUGCUACUUUAGAAUUACUAAACAAUAUUAAAUAAUUUUUAAUAGUUUUCCAUGCUCAUGAUUAUGAAAUAAAUCAUAUAUCUUCCCAUGUGAACUCAUGAAUUAUUGAAGAAACGAAGUAUUUAGUAUUAGUAUUUUCCAAAUAACUUAUUUAAAAAGGAGGAACCAGAGUUUGGACAAUUUAUCAUCAGUGGGAUUAUCAAGGUAAGCUUAGGAUUUGAGGACUCAUCUGUCAUUUAUUAGAUAUAGAAUUGGCGAUAGUGCUAUAAUACAAAUAUUGGCUGGAAGUUUUCAUUGUGACUCUCUAACUUGUAUUUUUGUGUCAGUUUUACCCAUUCCCUUUAUCUCUCUGAGAAAAAUUAGAUUUUGAAUUUUCUCUGGGGUCCUUAUACUGGGGUGAGGCUGGACUCUGCUCAGUUUGAAUCAUUUUGACACUUGUAGACACAUUUUUGCCACCUGGUAUACCAUUGCAUUUUUUCCACCACUGUGAACACUGGUAGGCAUAAGUAAUAUAAUUGUUCAUUCUAUAGUUGUAGAACUUUAGGUUUCUUUUUUAUUAUAAUUUUACUGAAAAUAUAAUAUGAAUCCAAAAUGAUCAAUACAAUUUUUCAUAGCCAAUUAUUGUAAAACUAAAUAUCUGAUAUUAUAUAACUAGUAUCUCUUGAGAAUCUUUUAAAUUGGGGCAAAAAAAAAAAUCAAAGAAGCAAUGCAUGUUAUCUUUCACUUAUUCUUUCUAGGAGUUUCUUUGAGUUGCUGCUGUUCUUUGGAAGAGAUGAGUUUUAUGAAGAGCCCUUAAAGGAUAUUCUUGGAUCAUUCCAGUGAACAAAUAUUUAAGUUCUGAAAAUCCACUAUUCUUUGAACUACGUGCCAGAUACCUAAUUGCCUGUGAACGCAUACCUGAAGCAAUGGCUCUUAUUAAAUGUUGUAUAAAUCACCCAGAAAUCAGUAAAGACUUGUACUUCCAUCAAGCACUCUUCACGUGUCUGUUUAUGUCACCUGUAGAAGAUCAGCUAUUCCGAGAGCAUUUACUGAAAACUGAUUGUAAGAGUGGAAUUGAUAUCAUCUGUAACACUGAGAAAGAAGGCAAGACUAUGUUAGCCUUGCAACUCUGCGAAUCCUUUCUUAUUUCACAGCUCCAGAAUGGGGAUAUGUAUUGUAUCUGGGAGUUGAUUUUCAUCUGGAGUAAACUUCAGCUUAAGUCUAAUCCUUCAAAACAAGUUUUUGUAGAUCAAUGCUACCAGCUUUUACGAACAGCAACUAAUGUGAGAGUCAUAUUUCCUUUCAUGAAAAUCAUUAAAGAUGAGGUUGAAGAAGAAGGCUUACAAAUUUGUGUUGAAAUAUGUGGUUGUGCUCUACAACUAGACCUUCAUGAUGAUCCCAAAACUAAAUGUCUAAUUUAUAAAACAAUUGCACAUUUUUUGCCAAAUGAUUUGGAGAUCCUCAGGAUUUGUGCACUCUCAAUAUUUUUUCUUGAGCGCUCCUUGGAAGCUUAUCAUACUGUUGAAGAGCUUUACAAACGUCCAGAUGAAGAAUAUAAUGAAGGCACAAGUAGUGUUCAAAAUCGUGUUCGUUUUGAAUUACUUCCUAUUUUGAAAAAGGGAUUAUUUUUUGAUCCUGAAUUCUGGAACUUCAUAAUGAUUAAGAAAAACUGUGUAGCGUUACUGAGUGAUAAAUCAGCAGUUAGCUUUCUAAAUGAAAGUACACUGGAAAAUUCUACAGGUAAUGUAAAAAAGGCAGUAGAACAGCAAGGUUUAGCUGAAGGGCUUGACUCUUUUACAGAUCAGAGCACUGGAGAGCUUGAUCCUGAUGAAUUAUCUGGAGUACAACUAAAAGGUCAUAUUAACGCAAAGAAAAACCUUACAGCUCUUAAUGCUUCCAAAGUAGAUCACAGUGUCCCAAGGCAUCGGUGUAUGUUAUGUAACAAGGAAUUUCUAGGUGGUCACAUUGUAAGGCACGCCCAGGCUCAUCAGAAAAAAGGCAGUUUUUCAUGUGUGAUAUGUGGUAGAAAAUUUAGAAACAGAGGACUUAUGCAGAAACAUUUAAAGAAUCAUGUUAAGAAAAUACAGAGGCAGCAAAUUGCUGCAGCUCAACAGGAGGACCAGGAGAAUCCUGCUUUGGAAGAAAUAAAAUGUUCUGAUACUUUCAUUUCAUUUGAAAACGGGAAUUCUGAUAAUAAGGAUUUGGAAGUAGAGACCAUUACUGCUUCCAGUGAUGGAAACAAAGACAUCAUCUCUGCACAUGUGGGUGAAUUCACUGCAGUUCCUGUAAGUGAAUCGGAAGAUGUCAUUGAAAGCAUUAUUGAAAAUGGCAGGCCUGAUACUUCUUUAAAUAAUGUGUCGGAGCCAUUACCUAUUUGUGUGGAUGACUAUGAGGAGGAAGAAGAUGAAGAAGGUGAUUAUGAAGAAGAUGAUUACGAUCUAAAUCAAGAAACUUCAGUACUUCAUAAAAUCAAUGGAACUGUGUGCCAUCCCAAAGACAUAUAUGCGACAGAUCAAGAAGGAAACUUUAAGUGCCCUGCUCUUGGCUGUGUCAGGAUAUUUAAAAGAAUUGGAUUUCUAAAUAAGCAUGCAAGGACUGUACAUCCAACUGAUUUAAAUGUGCGGCAAACAGUAAUGAAGUGGAGCAAAGGAAAAUGCAAAUUUUGUCAAAGGCAAUUUGAAGAUUCUCAGCAUUUUAUAGAUCACCUUAAUAGACACAGCUAUCCAAAUGUGUACUUUUGUUUGCAUUUUAAUUGCAAUGAGUCAUUUAAGCUGCCAUUCCAACUUGCUCAGCACACAAAAAGUCACAGGAUAUUUCAAGCUCAGUGUAGUUUUCCAGAAUGCCAUGAGCUUUUUGAAGAUCUUCCUCUGCUCUAUGAACAUGAAGCUCAACACUAUUUAAGUAAAACACCAGAAUCAUCUGCACAACCAAGUGAAGCAAUUCUUUGGGAUGUUCUUACAGACUCAAAAUCUAAUCAUCAGGAAAAAGACUCAUCUAGUAAUGAGAAACAAACUAUUAGUCUGCCAGUUUCUACUAGCAAAUCAAGGAAAGAUUCUACAGAACCAAAGACAUGUAUAGAAAGUACAGAAAAGAAAACAGACCGUUUAAUUCAGAAUGGAAAUGAACAUUCUGAUGACACUGUUUCUGAUAUAAGCUUGAUAGACCAAAAGAUGCCUAACAUAGAGCCAAAUUCUGAAAAUAAUUGUAGUGUUAGUGAUUUAGUCAAUGGACACAGUGGAAUAGAGCAAACACCUUUAGUUUCAUCAAAUCCUGCUUUGAAAAUUGAUACAAACAGAAUCAGGACAGAAAACGGUUCCAUUUUACCCAGUGUUGUACCACAAGAACACAGUACCCUGCCAGUAUCUCAGGCACCUUCCAAACCAAAUCUGACAAGUGAACAUACUUCAUAUGGCUUAAUUUUAACAAAGCCAUAUGUCAGACCAUUGCCUCCCAGUUACCUUGAUGAGCGGUACCUUAGUAUGCCAAAACGCAGAAAAUUUCUGACUGAUAGGGUAGAUGCCUGUUCUGAUCAAGAUAACGUUUGUAAAAAAUCUGUGAAAAGAUUAAGAUGUGGCAAAUGCCUGACCACCUACUGUAAUGCAGAAGCACUUGAGGCUCACCUUGCACAAAAGAAAUGUCAGACACUCUUUGGAUUUGAUUCAGAUGAUGAAAGUAAGUCUUCUAUCUUCUCAGUAGGUAUAUCUGUAGAAAUAGAAAAUGCCAUAGAUCUUUAUGAGGUUAAAAAAAUUAAAAUUUGUAUAACACAGAUAAUAAAGCUCUACCCCAUACAUUAUUUUCUUUAAUCUAUACAACCACCAUGAGGUGAUAUUACUGUUCCUGUCUUAUAGAUUAAGCAACCGACAUUCACAAGUUAAGUAAUUUGCAUAGGCACAGGCUUGUGAACUUAAGGAAGCCAGAACUUGAACACAGGUUUUUCCUGCUUUUAGAUGAUAUUCUUUAACUGUAUUUGAGGCUUUCCUUCAUUCCAAGUUUCAUAUAAUUAAAGGUCUAAAAACAAAGUAAUUACGAUGGAAAUGUUUUUCAUCUGCAUGCCAGAAUGUAAAUCGAGUGAAGCUGAGCCUCUAUUACUGAAACAAAAAUAUAAAAGAACCAGAAAAUAAUCAAAAAACAAAAUUGAGCAAAAGAGGAGCUUGCCUUUUGACUAAUAUCAAUGUUCUUUGAAUGAAUAAGGGUAUAAAUAAACAGGAAAUUAACCUAAAAACAUCUAUAGAAUUUGAAUUAACAGACAUGUUCUGUUUUACAGGUGCCUGAUAAAAAAUGUUUCAGAAAGAUCUGUCGAUCAAGCAGUAGUGUGCAAAAAGCACUACAAGAAAAUGCAUCAUCAGUUUGCUAUUUCCCUGAUGGCCUUAAUUUUAGAGCGGUCUUGGAUUACUAAAGAUAAAGACAAAGCACAUUUUCUAGAAUGAACUCACAAAGAUGUGCUGGGUUAGACUCCAAAAGGGUUAUUACAAAACUCCCAAAGUACCAGUUAUCCAGAAAACCACAUUUUUAAAAAAGUUGAUGAUGAUUAAUAGCAGCAUGUUCAGUUUCACUUAUGUGAAAAACAUGUUCAGGCAACUAGUCAAAAAGAAUAACCAGCUAUGGCCUUACAGAAAGGGAAAAAACUAACCUGUUAUAAAAAAAAAUGGUGGGGAUGGUUUACAAUAAACAACUUAAAGUAUUUUACAAAUGGGAUUUGUUUUCUUGUCAUGCAGAUUAUAUUCUCCUUUCUGGUCAUGCUUUAAGGAACUCUGUUUGGUUUAUUAUUAUUUAGAAACUGAUAGAUGAAAAUAAAACUUGACUUAUUACCAUGUUAGCCAUUAAAAGAGUAUAACUUGUUUCCAGAUGAUUAAGUCAAAGUUCAGUGAAUGACAUGCCAGCACUGAAAAUUUAAAAACAAAAGAAAACAAAACAACAGUGCUUUGCUAAUAAGCUCUUGACUUCCACUUUCUAUAUUUAUAAUAUCAGUGAGUUAGAUAUAAAAGGCAGUAUCAGUACAAAAUGUAUCAUCAGGAACUCUGAGGAGAGAUGGGAGAAAUCUAAGACAUUAAAGGCUAUCUUAGUUGAAGGAAAACACUGAAUUGCAAAUUCCUCAAUGUGAAUAAUGGUAUAAGCACACUGGGAUAUUUCUAUUUGUAUAUAGAGUAGUAUUAGGACAUUGCUUGAUGAUUCAUAGUAAGGUCCUUUAGACAUUAAUAUGAGUUAUCUAAGUACAGUCCUAAAUAACUGGCUGUAAAAAAAAAAUACGCAGCUAAGAAUCAGGUCAAGAAUCCAUUGGUUUUAUUCCAUUAGAAGAGUUAAUUUUAAAAUAAGCCAUAUUACUCGUGCUUUCUUAUUUAUUUCUGAUGAAUUUGGUCUGAAUAGUAAUUUUUAUAUAUAAAAAGAAAUAUUUACACAAAAAUUUGCACAGCAAGAACACAGUAAGAUAUAAUGAUGCAUUUAUUUUCUUUGAUGACCAGUAAUUUCCCUAAGGAAGAUUUUAAUUUAGGUCAAUAAAUUGUUAAAACAAAAAAAAUUUUUUUUAAAUACCCUCUCAGAUGUGUUCUACUUGUUCGUCUCUAAAAGAGGAAGCUCAAGACCUCCUUUUAUCUAAUAGUGUUUUAAUUUAUACCAAGGGUAAAUGAACACAAAUGCAAAGGCAAAUUCUUCAAAAAUAGAGCUAUUAAUAAUGUACUAAUGUCAACCAAAUAUUUCAGUUAUUCCAACUGAUACAUUCUUGUUCAAAGCAUAUAAUUUCAUCAGACCCUACUAUUAAUUUUGGAUAUUAAAGCUUCUUUAAUGAAAAUACACUAAGUGGGACUCCUCUUCUAGGGUAGCAUCCAGACUUUAUUAAAUUAGGAUUUCCAGGUCAUGACAAAUCCAGAUAUAUUAAAAUUUUUUCCAAUUUUAUUAUUUAUCAUAGGCAUUCACUACUAUGCAAUUGAUAGUCAUAAGUCCAUUCCAGUCAAAUCAGGUUUUUGUUUUGUUAUGUAGCCUACAUUAGGCUGUGGAAUUUACAUUUAAAUAACAGAAGUAAACACAACUUGAUCAGAUUUUUAAAUCCUUUAAGGUCAACUAACAAAAUAUUUUCCAUACUUCCUAAAACUAUAAUACUUGAGUUCUAUUUCAGUUCACUCUAAAAUACAUCAUGUAACAAAAAGUCUGUUUGGAAACUAGUUCAUAUGAACAGUGAAGUUACUCUGAAAUAUUUCUGCUUUGUACACUUUUCAGAUGUUUAAUAUCACAGCUUAACAUUUUAUCACAUUUUUAACUUUUAUUUUUUAUAAGUUGUAACUAUUGACAUAAAUCCAUGUCUGCAAAUUACUCUUCAUUCAUUUUGCAGUUCAUACCAAGAUGUUUUAAACAUACUUCACUUAUUAUUUUUUUGUCUUCUAGGUUUUAUUUCUACUUUUGUGUUGCUAAGGGAAAACUGUUUCUGAGAUCAAAUUGGUUUAUAUAUAACUAAAUCAAGGAAUGUUUUAUAAAAUCUAUUUGACCACAUUGUUCUAACCUCUCUAUACGUAUCAAAUAACUGCUAUUGAAAGAAUGUGUAUAUGUUCUUAUGUAUGCCUUAUAAAACAUAAACUUAGAUCAUUUUGUUUUUAUGGGGUGCAUAAGCUUCCAACAGUUCUAAUGUGAGAUUCAGAAGACAAGAAAGCUUUUUUUCCCUCAAAUUCUUUUCUUUUCUACUUCUAUUUUGAGGAUAUGUUUGUCUUACAUGGACCAAGUUUCAGUACUUUUUUGUUUUUAAAUAAAAACUUCCUUUGAAACAUUAAAUAGUAACUUUUUGCUAUGUUUCAGUAAGGUCAAAAAAACAGCAAAUCUUAAAUUUUUGCUGCUCAAAUAUUAUGGAGAAGAUAGAAAAGGAGAACUUCCGUGGACAAGGACACUGGUACUUUGGGCUUUAGCCAUAUUCAUUUUUUUAAACCACCAAUUACAUAAUGAAUAGAUAACUUAUAACACUGAACUUGUGAUUGUUUUCAAAUCACACUUGAAAGUUCAGCUGUACUCCUUUCAUGUUUGGUUUAAACUGUAGUAUGGACGAAAAACCUAAAAGGGAUAAUAGUGUUUAUUUUUUAAUUUAUUUGGUACUGUAAAACACCUUUUCAGAAUGACUAAAUGCUGCAUAUGCAUUUUGGAAUUGUUAAUAUGUGAAAGAUAUUACAGAUUCAGCAAGAAAGGAAAUUUGUGCUUCCUUGUUGAAUAUUAAAUUAUUUUACUUUGCAUUUUAUAAGAGUACAAAUCAAAACUGAGCCAUUGAACUGCAAUAAAUCAACAAUAGUGUCUCAUUUCAAGAAAUUUUUUGUAUUGUACAUAGAUUUGUUCAAUAAAACAUUGUCCUUGUUGGUAA